AUCGAUAUUUCAACUUCCCUCUCUCUCUCUCUCUCUCUCUCUCUCUCUCUCUCUCUCUCUCUCUCUCUCUCUCUCUCUCUCUCUCUCUCUCUCUCUCUCUCUCUUCUCUCUUCGCUUUCUCUUUUGUAUCUGAUACCCUUUGAUUACCGUAACGUCGAUCAUGAAGAAGGUUACAACGGCAUCGACUAAGAGGGCGGCAAAGGAUCAGUGGGUGGCGGCGGCGAUGACUGACGACCAGAUGGUUGUAGAGCUUCUCAUAAGGCUGAAGCAUGCGGGGACGACGGUUUCAGAGAAUCCCUCGACGAAUCUGCCUCCGUUGCAGUGGGGAAUCCGUCGACGGAGGUCACGACCUUCAAGAUUUGGCGGCGGUGGUGGCGGCGGCGUUUUGGUUACGUUGAAGAAGGAUGUAGAUUCCGCAAGAGGCAGUCCGAAGACUCCUCUCUCAUGGAGCGACGGAUCUGGAAGUGGCGGCGGAGCCUCUGCAUCUCCUCCCUCCGCCGUAGCCGCCGAUGGAUUGGAGUAUAUUAGUCGUCAAGCUAGCUGCUCCACGUCAACAGUAUCCGGAUCUAAGGCUUUUCCAACAAACGUAAUCACAAGUUCCUUUUCCAAGAGACUGAAGAGAAAGAAGUUAAAGUCAUUUUCGGAGCUUAAAUACGAAGAGAACUUGAAGUUGAAGGAAAGACUCGACCUUCAAAAGGAGAUUGCGAGUCUCCGAGCAACGUUAGACGAACAAAACGUAAGGAACCAAAGGUUGAAAAGGAUUAAGCUUGACUUAAACUCAGGCCGUAUCAAGAACGAGACUCCGGUUAAUAUGAUUCAUAAUUCACAACGCGAAUCAAAAUGCUGCAGAGUAGAGAGCAACAAAACUGCUAGCUUCUUCCUCCCUGAUUUGAACAUGGCACCAUCCGAGGACGAGAUAUUGCAUGGAACUAGCUAAGUGGCUGCCUAUCUGAAGAUUUUUUAGAUCUCAAUCUUAUCACAAUCAAGAAGGGAGCCAUAGACUUUGCACAAACAAAAGUGAAUGUAAUAAGAGGUGUAAUGUCUCCUCACAUCAUUCUUUGUGUUCUGUUUCCUUCCUUUUUGAGUGUAAAACACUCAUUACUUCUUGGUUUUUAUUGAGAAGGUGGUGGAAAUUAGGUUCUUUAACUUUUUGUUUCUCUCACUAUUGUAUCGAUUCGUUGUAGUUAAAAAAGCUUUUUGUUGGAAA